AUGGCGAUUGUAACAGCGUGGAAAUAUCGAGAACUCAAUAAAAACAAGGUACAUGGCAGCGAUCUCGUAAAAAAUCUAGAUAGACCACUCCACGCAUCAAAGUCUCCCCCAAAUAUCACGGCGAUCGUCAAGAGUGAAUCGGUUCCUUCUAGGCAAGCACGCUCCAUCUUAGACCACUGCAUUGCUUACCAUCAGGUCAAAGUAUGGUUUCAAAAUCGCCGCAUAAAAUGGCGGAAGCAUCACCUAGAAGUGACACAGCAAAGGUUGGCAGUGUUGCAACGACACAGGCCGGAAGAAAGAGAAGACGACGUGUGAAAAGGACA